GCGCUCGCGGAGGCAAGCGGGCCGUGAUGGCGGCGAGCGGAGGCGCAGGAGGCGGCGGCGGCUGGUUCGCGGCUCUGGCCUUCGGGGUCACGCUGCUCAAGCUGCUCCUCGUCCCCACGUAUCAUUCCACAGAUUUUGAAGUGCAUAGGAACUGGCUGGCCAUCACCCAUAGCUUACCAGUCUCUCAGUGGUAUUAUGAGGCAACCUCUGAGUGGACCUUGGACUACCCUCCCUUCUUUGCAUGGUUUGAGUAUGGGCUUUCACAUGUUGCCAAAUACUUUGACAAAGAGAUGCUGGUCAUCCAGAACCUCAACUAUUCCAGCUACCCAACCAUUCUUUUCCAAAGGCUUUCGGUCAUCUUCACAGAUGUGCUCUUCAUCUACGCAGUUCGCGAGUGCUGUAGAUGCGUAAAUGGGAAGCGAGGUGCAAAGGAACCUCUGGAGAACCCUCAGCUUGUCCUUUCAGUUCUCCUCUUAUGGAAUUUUGGCCUCUUAAUUGUGGACCACAUUCAUUUUCAGUACAAUGGCUUUCUGUUUGGAUUCAUGCUGCUUUCCAUUGCACGGCUAUUCCAGAAAAGGCACUUGGAAGGGGCUUUUCUCUUUGCCGUCCUCUUGCACUUCAAGCAUAUCAACCUCUAUGUCGCCCCAGCAUAUGGUGUGUACCUCCUCCGGUCCUACUGCUUCACUGCAAAUAAUUCAGAUGGAUCCCUCCGAUGGGGCAGUUUCAGUUUUCUUCGCUUAGUUGCCCUGGGAUUCAUUGUCUGCUUUGUUUCUGCACUUUCACUGGGACCAUUUAUUGUUUGGGGCCAGCUGCCUCAGGUCCUCUCUCGUCUCUUCCCUUUCAAAAGAGGCCUUUGCCAUGCGUACUGGGCUCCUAACUUCUGGGCACUGUACAACGCCCUGGACAAAGCGCUCUCCGUUAUUGGUCUGAAAUAUAAAUUCCUUGACCCUGCAAAGAUGCCCAAGGCUGCCAUGACUGGAGGGCUAGUCCAGGAAUUUCAACAUACCGUCCUUCCUUCAGUGACUCCAUUGGCAACUUUGACCUGUACUGCUAUCUCUAUGCUGCCCUCUGUUUUCUGUCUUUGGUUUAAACCCCAAGGGCCCAGAGGCUUCCUACGAUGCCUGGUUCUCUGCGCGCUGAGCUCCUUCAUGUUUGGGUGGCAUGUGCAUGAGAAAGCAGUCCUCCUCGCUAUUCUCCCUCUGAGCUUGCUGGCUGUGGAGAGAUCCAGAGAUGCUGGCACCUAUCUGAUUCUGUCUACUACAGGACAUCUUUCCCUUUUUCCUCUGCUGUUUACAGCACCGGAAUUGCCUAUUAAAAUCUUGCUCAUGCUGCUCUUCACGGUGUAUAGCUUCUCCUCGCUGAAGGCUAUAUUCAGAAAAGAAGGGCCUCUGCUUAAUUGGCUGGAAACAAUCUACCUCAUUGGUCUAAUACCUCUGGAAAUCUUGUGUGAAAUUGUGAUGCCUUUCACCACCUGGAUAGUCAAAUUCCCUUUCGUCCCUUUAUUGCUCACCUCUGUAUAUUGUGCUCUAGGUGUCACGUACGCUUGGCUCAAACUGUACGUCUCUGCCUUUGCGGGACCACCAGCUGUCAGGCGAAAGAAAGAAUAGCGAUGCUUACAACAUACCUGAGUCAACGGCGAUACCUCCAGAAUAGCCGCCAACUCAUGCUAAACGGUGGUGGCUCCUGCCAUGUGCUGUUCAUGCAGGGGUGCUCCAGAAAUAGCUGCUGUUUCUUUAAGGAUGUGGGAGCAAGAAAUUAGUGAGCAAAUACCUUAAAUAAGCAGGGGCGAUUCCUAGCGUGAAAAGAGAAGACAGUCAUUGCAGGAGAAGCCUUGUUUACAAAAGGAUGCUUAAUUAGAGUCUUUUU